UCCUGCUUUCACCGCAGAGGAGAAGUGGGACUGAACGAAAACAAAAUGCGAUAGUUUAACUUCACUGAUGAGCUGGGGUCAAUGACAGCGUUAACAACGCUACUCGGCAUAAUUCACCGACCUCUUAUUUAAAUGUCAUAUCUCUUAACCUAAGGCGUGUGGCAUUAAUAUAACAUUAAGCAUGCAGUUUCCUCCCACCAAUGGAGACUUUACGUUCGUCUCUUCGACAGAGGCUGAAGAGCUCAGCGGCACCAUCAGUGCUCCGGACGUUAAGCUGAACCUGGGCAGUGACAACGGUAAAGACCCGUACGCCACCACCUUCCUGAGGCAGCGAGGCUACGGCUGGCUGCUGGAGGUGGAGGAGGAUGAGAGUGAAGAGAGCAAACCUCUGCUGGAGGAGCUGGACAUCGACCUGAAGGACAUCUACUACAAGAUCCGCUGUGUGCUGAUGCCCAUGCCGUCCCUGGGAUUCAACCGGCAAGUGGUCAGGGACAACCCGGACUUCUGGGGCCCUCUGGCCGUGGUGCUGCUCUUCUCCAUGAUCUCCAUCUACGGACAGUUCAGGGUCGUGUCUUGGAUCAUCACCAUCUGGAUAUUUGGCUCACUAACUAUCUUCCUGCUGGCUCGUGUUCUGGGUGGGGAGGUUUCCUUCGGCCAGGUUCUUGGAGUGAUCGGAUAUUCUCUUCUGCCUCUCAUCGUUAUCGCUCCUCUACUUUUGGUGAUUGGAGGGUUUGAGAUGGUUUCUACACUAAUCAAACUGUUCGGAGUGUUCUGGGCUGCGUACAGCGCGGCGUCACUGCUCGUCGGAGAUGAAUUUAAAACCAAGAAGCCCCUCCUCAUAUAUCCCAUUUUCCUUUUGUACAUCUACUUCCUAUCAUUAUAUACUGGUGUGUGACUGGAUGAGUUUCACUUUUGGACAUUUUCAUGGACAUGGACCCUGGAGCAUGGGGGAGGAUGGCUCAAAACAAUGGAACGAGAUUUCUUUUUAAAGUUGUUUAUUUCUUUUUUAACUCUGUUAAAUUGUAGAAGGUGGGGAGUAGGAAAUAUAUAUAAUUGUAAAUAGGUGUCCCUUGUCUUUGGUCAAUAAAAUGCGUAUGCUUUUACAGCUUAAACGUAGCCUAACCCCUUAAACAGGAUGCAGACGUCUCGUAAAACAUCAGCAAGAAGUUACAGGGUUAUAUAUUAGUUACAUUAUUUCAUUUUUAUUCAUCAUCCCUAUGAAGAAUUUGAUGCCACAUUUUUGUAAUGCAUAUAUUCAUGCUUAAAAAAGAAUUGAAGAAAAGAAUGGGAUGGUAUCAAAAAGAGAUGGUUUUGCAUAACUUUUUCAUUGCUAUGCACUGUAAUGUACAAUGAAAACUCCAUUUAUGCUUUUCAGUUUUCACGGUCGUGUUUUCAUUUCAAACCUUUAUUUAACCAGGUGAAUCCCAUUGAGAUCAUCGAUCUCUUUUUCAAGGGAGACCUGCAGCAGUUUUCUUAAUUUAUGGAUUUCAGCAGCUGACGUGGGUCACUAUGUGGUGCCUUGUUUUUUCACCCCUGUUCCCAUUUAAUACAGAGACCUAAUCAUGAUCAAUAAUUACAGUAAAUGAAAAGUUAUUUGUUCCUUCAAAAUC